AUGACUUCCAAAGGUAAGCGGAAAUUUAGUGAUCACGUUGAUAGUGAUUGCGCAAAGCGAGGAGUGUGGCUUGUGAAGGUACCGAGAUAUUUGUCUGAAAUGUGGGAGAAGAAUGUCGGUCAUGAUGUUGGACGAUUAAUAAUCAAGGCAGCAAAUGGAAAAACUGAUUUGAUAUUUAAAAGCAACACAAAUUUGCUUGAAGCGAAUUCAUCAGUUCAUGAUAGAGACGCCUCAUCAUCGGACUCAUUUUUGAGCUCAUCACGCAAUAAUCGAAUUGAUUCCACAAAAAGUAAACAGUCAGAUUUCACAAUACCAAAUGAACACAGUUUUGUUAUCGGCGAUAUUAGGAAUCAAUCGCUAGCGGUGCUCUGCGAAGAUAAAAGUGGCUUGAAUGAAGAUGCUGACAUAUGUUCCGGUCGCUUAAGCAUUGAAGGGCGGGUCGUCAAAAGAGCCGAUUGCAGGCCUCCUCAAACAGCUGAUUAUAUGCGAAUGAAAAUAAAACAAAUAGAGAGGAGCUGUCAGCCAAAACGACAUGUAAAACAAAUGGAAAAAGCUGAAGUGAAAUUCAAGCCUAUUGCUGUUCAUGCGGAAAUGUUAGCCAGAGAAAAGCAAAAGAAGGAAGGGGCGAAGACAGUUCGUGCUGACAAGGAUAUUGUUCGACAAGCAAUGUUCCAUGCUUUUGAAAAACAUCAGUACUAUCGAUUAAUCGAUUUGCAGAAACUUACUAAUCAACCUCCGGGAUUUGUUAAAGAAAUAUUAACGGAAAUCGCUGUAUACAAUACAAUGCCACCACACAAAUCGAUGUGGGAAUUAAAACCAGAGUAUCGAAACUAUCGUAAAAAUAAAAAAGAAACUGAAUAA